UAUUAGAAAGAGUUGCAUUCUUUUUUUUUACAGGGGAAUUUUGAGGUACUAUUGUUUAAAUGCUUUGAUUUUUACGACAGAUCAUUGUCAUUAUUCGCGUGUCAGAGGCGACUGUUGACAAUUCCAUGACAGUGGACGACUACCAUUUUGUUUCCUUUACACCAACUCGUUGUCGAUCUUGCAUUUAAGUGAUUCGCUAACUAUUGAAAACGAUGCCACCCACUAGUGAGAUAAUCGCAGGAGUACAAGUGGCGGCAACCGUAACGUCAGUACUGAUGUCCAUCACGCUUAUGAAGUCGCUCAUUACCGUUCUGAGACCCGAUAUCACUGAUGCUGAAAACAGAAUACAACCCGUGCCUUUUUCGGAGAUCAAAUCCAGUUAUGAUUACAUCCUAAUCGGGGGCGGUGCAGCAGGCUGCGUGUUGGCCAAUCGAUUAACGGAAAAUGAUACUUGUACAGUGCUAAUGCUGGAGGCUGGCCCUGACGAACCUGAAGUAUGCGACGUGCCCUACGCGUAUAACACCCUACAGGGCACAGAAGCGGAUUGGCAGUUUAAAACAGAAUCUUCGAACACGUCAUGCUUGGCGAUGCAGGACCACAGGUGCAGCUGGCCAAGAGGAAAGGCCCUCGGAGGAAGUACUAUACUAAACGGCAUGAUCUACAUCCGCGGCAACAAGAAAGAUUACGACACCUGGGAGGAGUUGGGUAAUCCAGGAUGGAGCUACAAGAGCGUGUUUCCUUAUUUCAAGAAGUCUCAGGACAUGAGGAUCGACGAAUUCGAAGGGUCCCCUUACCACAGUACAGGUGGACUCCAGACCGUGGAAUACUUCAAGUAUCGUACACCAGUAGUUGACUACCUGGUGAAGGCAGGCCCUGAAAUGGGAUACGAAGUCGUGGAUUCAAACGGACCGAAGCAAACUGGAUUUAUGGUCUCGCAAAGCACGGUGAGGGAUGGGCUGCGUUGCAGCACCGAGAAGGCUUUCCUUCGACCUGCUUCGAAGAGGAAGAAUCUGCAUGUCAGUGUAAACUCGUUGGUGGAGAAGAUUUUGGUGCGCGAAGAAGGGGACAAGAAAAUUGCAUACGGAGUGCAAGUCCGUGUGGAUGGAGCGCUGAAGGAGGUGAAAGCUGAUCGCGAAGUUAUCCUAUCAGCUGGUUCGCUACAAUCGCCUCAAGUGUUGAUGUUGUCCGGUAUUGGACCCAAAGAUCACCUGCAAGAAAUGGGAAUUCCUGUGGUACACGAUUUGCCAGGCGUGGGCCAGAAUCUUCAGGAUCACGUGGGAAUGAGUGGUUUGACUUACUUGGUGGACCCGCCAGAGGACUACAAGGGCGACUACCCUUUCACGUUCAACGUGCCAACUUCUAUUACCCCUAAGGCGGCCAUGGACUUCGCUAUGAACCGCAGCGGACCUUUCUACUCGUCAGUCUUCACCGAAGCUAUAGCUUUCGUCAACACCAAGUAUGCAAAUGCGUCAGACGACUAUCCUGAUGUUCAGUUUCUUCUUUCCCCCGAUGCUGACAUUAACAACGCUUGCCUCGAUGGGCUUAAGCAGAAAGAAAACGAAUUCCACGAGAGCUGGUGCGAUGAUAUCCUUCACAGAUAUGCGUACUCGGUCACUGCGCUUCUUUUGAGACCUAGAAGUGCCGGAUACGUCAAGUUGCGAUCCACGGAUCCGCAAGAACACCCGAUACUAGUUUCCAAUUACUUCAAGGAUACUCAUGAUCUGGAUGUACUGAUAGACGGAGCGAAGAUCGCGCACAAAAUAAGCGAGACUCCAACGAUGAAGAAACUGAACGCUCGACUACAUCCAAACCCUCACAGUGAUUGCGAUAAAUUCGAGGUGAUGUCGGAUGACCAUUUGAAAUGCCUUGCUAGACAUUUCACAAGGACAAUUUAUCACGUAUCCGGAACAUGUAAAAUGGGUCCCGCGAAUGACUCCAUGGCUGUGGUGGAUCAUAGAUUGAGGGUUCACGGGAUUAAUGGAUUACGUGUGAUCGACACUUCGAUCAUGCCAAACGUCGUUUCUGGGAAUACAGUUGCGCCGACGAUCAUGAUCAGUGAAAAAGGAGCCGACAUGGUCAAGGAAGAUUGGAAAAUGUAAAAGGAAUAAAUUUUCCUCGGUUUUUGAAUGAAUUUGGGUAAUGAUAGAUUAUUAAUACUGAUAGUUGAUCAGACUAUUUGGAAGGAGUAACUUUUGCACACUGUUAUUACUGUUAUUAGGGUCAUUGGAAGUUUCGAGCGUUUCCUCAAACUGCAUACGGUAAACAAAUGUUUAACAACAAAACUAAUAAGUUUUAGUAGGUAAAGACUAGAAUUGAAAAGUCUAUCAUAAAGUGUUAAUUGACGAAGAUUAGAAUUAUGGUAAUAACAUAAAUGCCCCUGUUACAUUUGUUUUGGAUGUCAGCUGUCAAUUUUAACAAAAUUAUAUGAAAGUGCACAGUGAAAAUUUGAACGAGAACUGCAGUUUUACGACGUAUUAUUAACUAUUCUGAAGAUAUCUUGUCUUUCUUAUUCUGUACAAUAAAGUUGAGUAUGACCACGUUAUCCCAAGUUUCUCUGUAUACAGAACAAUGUGAUGUAAUUCGUUUGCUUGGAAUAAGAUAACCCACAGAAAUAAAAAUUUAGCACGUAA